AUGAAGUUGCGAGGGAGGAAAUUACAAAGAAUCAAACGAUUGGCGCCUUACGCGGCAAGGUCGCCUGCGCAGGCGAGACUUGACAAGCUUUGGGGAUUCGAGCCGAUUGAGGUUGAGCGCCGGAAUGUGCGACGCAAGGCGAAAGCAAAGGCAAAGAAGGUGUUUUUAACACCCCAAGACAAAGUAGAAGAAACGUUCGCUAGUCUUGAAAAGGUCGAGGAGGAGAAGGAUACAACUGCAAAUGAACCGGAGGAGCAUGCGCAAGACAAACAGGAUGCGCAACGUCGCAAACCCUGGGAGCUCGAUCCAGAGGUGGCAAAGCAGAGACGCGUUUUCAAAGAGGCAGUGAAUGAUCUGCAUAACCUCGUUUAUCCGCACUUGGACCCUAUCGCAAAGCGCCAGUAUACAAACGCAAAACUCAUAGCACUCGGCGGAAAGAUCGCCAAAAAUAGGAAGAUGCCGUACAACGAGUUCAUGCAACGAUCACGAGCCCUCAAACGCCACGUCGAAAAGAACAAAGAACUGGAGAAGGAACUUGGGGUUAAGCUAUUUACUGACACUAAGGGCGGUACACGGUUCGUCGACAUAGAGAGAAGGAAACGAAGUAAGGAACUGAAGGAUACAAAGUCUCCAUUCCAUUUUGGAGAUCGUAAUGGUGUUUAUCGCAUUAAAACUAAGAAGCAGAGAUAA